AUGGUAUCGAUCAUGACCCUAGUGCUCUUUGUUAGCUCUGGAUCCGCACGAGCCGCCACUCUUAUUGUAUCCAACCAGAUGCAGAGUCGUGCUAAUGUUUCUGUUCUCGUGACGUGCCUUGGCACAUUUCCUACGAUGUCUAAAUCCAUACCUUUUGAUCAAGUUUCGUUGGUAAAGAUCCCACCCACUAGCGGACAAAAUGCGACUGAUGAUAUCUCACCCACUGCUGGAGAAAAUGAUAAACCGGUGAGAUCUAGAGUGUCGCAGUGGGCGUCUUGCGUAGGAACGUUUGAGGGUGAAGCACAAUUCUGGCCCUCUGAGAGAAUAUACCGUUUGCACAAAUACAAUUCAGACAAAGAUUCUACCGAAUUCUUGGGACAGGAUUCCUUGGUGUUCGGGGCCGGAGCCGGGGUGCAGACCCAGAAACUACCGGAGUCAUAA